UCUCUGUCACAAAAGUAUGUGUAUGUGCAUGAUUAAUUGGAGAUGGGUUCAAUCAUAUGGAGAUGGCCACGACUCGUUAGAUAUUGUGCGAGCGGUAAAAAAAACAAUAAGUUGUCUGAGUAAUAGGAGCCGACCCGGAGGGCUCUGACGAUAAUCACGCGUGAUGUUCCGAGAGUAGCUCGACCACACGGACCCUCAGCUCUUCUCCCGGCUUGCGUUUGGUCUGACAGCGAGAAGUCCGGUUCGUGUGGACCCUCAACUACCGGGACAAGGCAGAAACCAAAGAGAAGGCUGGAGCUGGAAGUCAGCGACCCCCAGGACCUUCAGGAUGGUGGCAGGACCAUCAAAGCCAAUAAGUCAAUGGCAUCUCUUUCCCUUACAGGAGAAAACGCUCCUGCCCAAAUUCCCAUGCCAUACUCUUCCCCACUUGAGAAGGCACGGUAUGAAACCUCACUCGGCUUCCUGACACGGAGAUUUGCAGAGCUGGUGAACCGCUCCUCUGAUGGGGUGUUGGACCUAAACUUGGUCGCUCACGAGCUCAAUGCCCCUAAGAGGCGUGUCUACGAUGUCACCAACGUCCUUGAGGGGAUUCACCUGGUGAAAAAGAAGUCUAAAAACAACAUUGAAUGGUUGGGUGGUCAAGUGAAUGUACAGAAAGGUCCAGAGCUGAGCGUUCUCAUUGAGGAGGAGAGGAAGCUGGACGAGCUGAUCCAAACCUGUAUACGGCAGAUUCACCAGAUGUGUGAGGACCAUCACAGUCAGAGAUUUGCCUAUUUGACAUAUGAGGAUGUUCAGAGGAUUCCCAGUCUGAGAGAACAGACUGUGAUUGUGAUCAAAGCCCCUGCCGAGACAAAACUGGAGGUCCCACAUCCAGAGGAGAGCCUCCAAGUCCACCUCAGCAGCACCCAGGGACCCAUUGAGGUGUUCGUCUGCUCUGAUGAUCCCAUCCCUAUGGAAGCCACAGAUGCCUCUGUGGCCAAUGAUAGCCACUUAAACUCGCCCACCAAUGGGAAAGACUCCGUCCCCCUCUCGCCUUACUCGUCCUUCGUCCAAGUGUCUGUCAAAGACGAUGCUAACAAUACUUCUGGAAUCAAUACUAUCUACACCCUGCGGUCUGAUCCAACACAACAUUCAUCACCAGUUACUGUUACCCCCGUCUCACCCAUUCCCACCUCCCUCCAACCCUCCUCUGAAGACCAACAGAGUUUUGUCACCCUCACUCCACCCCUGGCUGUCUCUCUUGAUGGGGAGGACUACCUCCUGAGCCUGGCUGAGGAUGAGGGCAUCACUGACCUCUUUUCUGUUGACCUGGACCAAUUGCCCCUGGAUAUGCCCCCCCUCUGAACAGCCAUUUUGGAAAUUCUAUCAUUUAGGAGGGAAUGGAUAUUAUCACACAAACAGGAUAUCAUGGGGAUUUCAAAUAAAAGAAUGAAGCGCUGCUUUUUAAUAGAAUUCCAUUUACCUAUCUUGGACAAUGUGGCUGGGAUUUACUGACACACGGGUGUCUGAAGGAGGAUGUAACCCCAAAAUAUCACAUUGGCAGGUUGUUGGAAUAACCAUAUACUUCGGUAUUUUGGACAUGGCCUGACAUUCAUGUGGUCAGACGAAACACUUUGUUUCAGAGCUUUAAUCUGUUCUUUUUGAAGUCCAAUCUGUGCUGUCAGAGCACAGGACUUAUUUUUGACCCACCAGUGUUUGCCAUGAGGUGAUGGUCCUGAAAGACACCAUUGGUCAUAGUUUGUAUCGUGAACACAAAGGAACUUUCACGACACAUUUGGAAGAUUUAAACACUGUUUAGCUGAUGUUUUCUGCAUUUAAAGCUGGCCCAAAACCACCCCGGAGACUUUGCUGCUUAUGUUGGACUUCUGGCAAAGGUACAACUGUGGAUGGUGUUUGUGCACACUACAACUGUAUGUUUAAUAAUGCUGUGGUUUUUUUGCUAACUCCUGGUUUUGUGCCUGAGUGCCAUUGUCACUCAGCCACUGAAGAUGCUAACACAAAAUCACAUCUGUGCCUCAUUUCAGAGGGUUGGUCCCUCAUCACCUUGCACUGAUAUGGAAAUGAACCUACAUGCCUUGUGUUUCCUCAACUUAGGGAUCACUGAUCUGUUAUUUUCUCAUCAUACCUCAACUCAGGGUAUCUGCAGAUACCUAGCGCCAAUCUGAUGCCAGAGAUCCCGAAUUAAAAAUCUGUAUACCUCACAGCAUUGGAAUAUUUUUUAUCUAAGAUAACAUGAUGCGCACGAUUGCUGUAGCACUAAAAACUGAGUUGGUGGCUCGGCAUGAAUUAUGUAACCGGUAUUGGAUACACUGAAUUUUAUGACACUAACAAACUGUACUAAUGAGGAUCAGUAAAGUCAUUGCUGACACCAGUUUUCAUAUAUUAAGGUAUUGGUUUGGUGUGUUCCUGUCCGGUGUGCAAGUGAAAUUACAUCAUAGCUCAGUCUCUGUCUGACUUUUGGCUUCACAGUUUUCUCAGGACUCUAGGAAAUUCUACUAGAGGUGCAAUUUUCUAUAUUAAAGGCUGAUUCACUCAAAAUGUUUAUGAUGUUUCCCAAAGGUUGAUUUUAUUCCUUUCAAGUUCCCAAACUGAUAGCAGUGCUUUGUCCAGAACAUGCAACACUCCUCCUAUCAGUGAAAAAUCUUACACCUCUUCAAUUCACUGAUGUCAAACAUCUCAUCAAGUGAUUAGCUCAGGUUUCAGUGCAGCCUGUCUUCACCUUUUUUGCUGUUUGGAGGCAUGAAAUUGUCUAAUGAUGACACAAGGAACCACCAGAGGCAUUGACUUGCUUGAGAAACCUUUAGCUUUUCCAUAGUAAAACCUGAUUGCAGAGAAAUAUAAAGUGUUAGAAUCCAUGUCAGGUGAAUACAGCUCUCAUGGUGUCAAAUUAGGUAGGUAUAAUAAGGGUGUGGAAAUGUAACCGGCUGCCUGCCAUCAACCUUGGAGAGUGAAAAGGCUCCUGUUGAUGAAUGGAGCGACUCAUUUCGAUACUGAACCCUCACAUGUCUGCUCGAGCGUCUCUUAUGUUGGCAGAAGAUUGAGUGCUGUGUAGAGUUUGGACAGAAUCUAAAAUACUAGGGUCUAGUCAGUGUCAGAAAAGCUUUUAUUAAUGAAUUGUCAGAAAUGACAAGGUUGCUUUUCUUAGCAUCUAUCAUUAAAACCAAGUUCAUACACGGCCAAACCUGAGGUGUAGAGCUGAAAUCAUGAACAGAAAAUUAAUUUGAAACUUGAUUUUUUUAAAUUUAUUUAAGCAAAAAUGUCAAAUAUUUGCUGGUUCCAGCUUCUAAAAAUAAUGAAGAUUUUGUUAAAAAAAAAAAUUAAUCCAUAAUGAAAAUAAUUGUUAGGUGGUACCCUACUGCCAUGUUUGCAGUCAUCAGCAUUGGUAAGAUCUAAGCCACUAUGAAAGGGCAUUAAAGGGCUAACAGCUGUUGAAAUCAAAGCUGGUUGAAGAAUAGCUUCUUCUGCUCCACUAUGGUCUUUUCUUUUACCCACACACCAGAGUAGUCUGUCCAGACAGAUGGAGGUUGUGAACUAUACAUAGCUCGGAGUAAUAUUACUAUGAAAACCAAUACAUGACAGUUUUGAUCAUUUACACACACAAUGCUCCGCUGUAGACUUGUUAUGAUGUAUUUUUUAACCUUAGAUUUUUCCUCAUUUUACAACCAGUCCGUGUCACUUGUACUAUGCACCAAAGUCAUGCCGUUAUCCAUGUUUGUACUUGGAGACCUUGACGGCUAAAUGGCUUUUAUGUAACUCAGUUUCUCAGUUACUGUGUCAAACUAAAAUAAAUGGAGAUAUGCCCGAUUAUAUUGUUACAUGUUUGCUUACUGUUACUCACUCCCAUAGUGCUUUGAUCAUUUCUCUGACUUGUAAAUCCAUGCAAAUUAUUCUUCUUCUUUUUUUUUUUUUUACCAAUUACCCACAAAGGCAUUUUAUAGUUUUUAUAUGUUCAAGUUUUUGAGGUAAUGACUUGCUUUUAAUCCAUUUGGGAAAUCAUGAAUAGUCCCUCCCCUUGUCUAAGGUGUUGUGAAGUUACAGAUGCAGUGUGAGUGUUUAUCUACAUAUUUUUUACAUUAAGAUAGAUUUUCCACUGCUCUCACAUCGCAGUAUUAAUGUAUUAUUUGACCGUGCUACACUGACCUCAGGAUUGAAAUACUGAUGGACCAGUUAUCACUGACCCUGCUUCAUCUCUUUGAGGUACAGAUACCUUCUACA